UCUGUCCGUCCAUCAGUAAUCUGUCCGUCCAGCAGUAAUCUGUCCGUCCAUCAGUAAUCUGUCCGUCCAUCAGUAAUCCAUCAGGAAAGCAGAGAAGUUCUUCAGCUGGAGAUGAGUGAGCAGCCUCCUCCGUAUCGUCUGUUCUUCCCUGAAGGAACUGCACCACCAAUGUUUCCUUCAGCUUUCAGCCCGGCGCCUGCCUUCUUCCCAGGCUCAGCCUAUCAGUCCUUCACAGGAGAUCAAACCUUCUACCAUCCAGGACCUGCAGGUCAGCAUGGGACCCCAAUGAUGCCAUCAGGUUACCAUGGAGACCAACAUAGUGACAAAAACCUACCAAAACACCCAG